CAAGAUGGCGGACAACGAUGGUCACAUAAAGAAAAAGAACGUAGAAAGACUAUUUCGAUAUGUAAAAGAUGGAAGACUAAAGCGUGUUCGAUCGCUCUUGAAAAGACAUAAAGUAGACUUAAAUUUUCAAGACGGAAAAAAGAGAACAGCUCUGCAUCUAGCUUGUAUUCUUGGGGAAGACGCCAUCGUCAACGUUUUGCUACAACAUGGAGCAAGUAAAGAAUCUAAAGAUAUAGACGGAAACACUCCUUUGCAUUUAGCUUUAAAUUAUGCUUUGCAGGUGUUAGAAAAGAGAAUCUACGAUGAAUUAAUCAUUCCCUUAUUGCAUUCAAAUCCUAACAUUGAAAACGAUUCUAAUGAUCAAGGCGAAUCACCAAGAGAUUUGAUYAAGAGAUUUAAAAAAGAGUUGAAAAGAAAAAGGGAGGACAGAAAGAUUKUCGAGGAAGAGGAAGAACUUAAACGUGAAAAGUCUAGAGAAAGUAAAGAAUGGAACGAAAAGUUGUUUUUUGAGUUGGGCAACGAUGACGUAGAUUUUACUGGCUUUACACGAAAAUAUGACGACAAGGAUUCCAGAAGAGAAACAUACGAUCAAUGGGCAGAUGGAAUUGACAGAGAAUAUUACUAUCGAAAAAAAUGCUUACACUCCAAACAGAAAGAAAAGAUAUGUGAAGAAAAAAUUCGCAUUGAGAAAGAAAACGAGGAGAGAACUCGUAUGUUGGAAGAAAAUCAUCGCAAGUAUCUAAACGACGUUUGUAAGAAACGAAAACAGCUGAGACUUGAAGAACUCAGAUCUAACUAUGAAUCUCGCUGCACUACUGUGUUUGCACAAGAUAUGAUUACCAAAUUAUCAUUUCAUGAUAUUCCAUGGCCUUGUAAAGGGACAUUAGAGGAGAUGAUCGAAAUGAUAUCCAAAUGGAUUUGUCAUGAUGAAGAUGGAAAAAAGUAUCUUAAAGAACAGCAAAUCCGAUGGCAUCCCGAUAGAUUCUUCCAGAAAUGUGGAGACAGGUUGAUAGAAGAUGACAAAGAAACAAUACUAAAUUAUGUAAAACAACUGUCUCAGGGUAUAAACAUGUUGUUAGAUAGAUGAUUUAUUAACUUUAUUUUCUAAUUGAUAUACAAUAAUAUUACAAUACUAUCACAUCCUACACUGGUAUUAGUUCUGAUCAUAAUGUUAGCAUUUUGGCUUGCACUUCUGUGAUUAGCAAAAAUUUAAUAUGGAAGACAAUGAGAAACUGGACAAAUAAUAACUAUUAGGAGCAAUUAUAGAAUACCCCACAAGUGAUAUGCAGUUGUCAGAAUUUUUUGUAGAACGACACAUACAACAAUAGAAGUUGUGGUUAUUAAAUAUGURCAAAUGAUUGCAGGGUAUUCUAUAAUCAUACAAACUACAUAAUAUCUUACAUGUAAUACAGAAUUAAAACAAAAAGGUUUUCUUUCAUAGGAAGCAGAUCCUGAAACCUU